ACAGUUCUAGCUGAAGAAACAAGCUGGUCUACAUGUACUUCCCUAUCCAUUGGGAGAAUGACAGAUGACAAAGAUGUACUUCGAGAUGUGUGGUUUGGACGAAUACCAACCUGUUUCACUCUGUAUCAGGAUGAGAUAACGGAAAGGGAAGCUGAACCCUACUAUUUGCUUUUGCCAAGGAUAAGUUACUUGACUCUGGUAACAGACAAAGUGAAGAAACAUUUUCAGAAAGUUAUGAGACAAGAGGAAGUUAGUGAAAUAUGGUUUGAAUAUGAAGGUACACCACUGAAAUGGCAUUACCCAAUUGGUUUGCUGUUUGAUCUCCAUGCGUCAAAUACAGCCCUUCCUUGGAGCAUCACGGUGCAUUUCAAGAAUUUUCCAGAAAAGGAUCUUCUACACUGCCAUUCUAAGGAUGUGAUUGAAGCUCAUUUCAUGGCUUCUAUUAAAGAAGCAGAUGCUUUAAAGCACAAAAGUCAAGUCAUCAAUGAGAUGCAAAAAAAGGAUCAUAAGCAACUGUGGAUGGGAUUACAGAAUGAUAAAUUUGAGCAGUUUUGGGCAAUAAAUCGAAAACUCAUGGAGUAUCCUCCAGAAGAUAGUGGAUUUCGAUACAUCCCAUUUAGAAUUUAUCAGGCAACAACAGAGAGACCUUUUAUACAGAAGCUAUUUCGACCAAUUGCUUCAGGAGGACAGUUGCAUACUUUGGGAGAUCUGCUAAAAGAUGUGUGUCCUAGUGCUAUCACCCCUGAAGAUGGAGAGCAGAAGACUCAAGUGAUGAUUCAUGGAAUUGAGCCAAUGCUGGAAACACCCAUACAGUGGCUAAGCGAACAUAUGAGCUAUCCAGAUAAUUUUCUCCACAUCAGUAUCAUUCCCCGACCUACUGAUUGAAACUCAGCUGUCUUGGUAUGAGGAUCAUUCUCGAGCUGGAAUUGUAAGGGCAUGUCAACUUCUUGCUUUUGUCAGUCUUGACAGAGGCGGCCUGACCAGAAAGAAAACCAACAAAAAACCGAAACAAAACAAGAAGUCCUCACUCUGCUGCAAGCCGAACAGGAAGAGAGAUCCUAUCAUCAGAUAAGGGCAAUUGGGCUGAUCUUACUUUGCAUCACCGCUGCUUUUCUUCACCGCUGUAAUUAAAUCGGUUGCGAUAUGAAAGAAUUUACAGGACCUCUGCAAGUCUGCUGUUUUCUUGUAAAAUAUAAUGAAGCUGAAACUGUCAGCCGAAGAGCAAAUGGAAAUAUGCCACUUGAUUGUAUUUCUGAUUAACAAAUAAACAGGGCUGUUUCCUAAAGCGGUAGCGUUUCAACUUUGAGAGUGGAAACAUUGGUUUAAUUUUCUAGAAAGUUAGACACUGAGAGAUUCAGUUACCAAUGGCUUUUUGUAAAAGAUCAAAUUACUGUAAACCCAUCUUUCCUUAAUGAGAAGUUCAUGUUUACAGUAUGUGUAUUGGUAUGCAAAUGAUCUUUUAACUUUGAUAACAAGCAGUGAGAGAUUUUUAAGUAAACCCGUGAGCAUGUUUUGUCAUUUAAAAACAUGCACAACUUAAUAAUUUACAAAUACUUUUGAUUUGUAUGCUGUCACUGAAUACUCCAGUAUGUUUAUUAUUCAAACCAGUUUUCAUAGACUAGCAAUGAUGUAGGAUAAUUUGUCUCAGGAUUUAUCAUGGCAUUUCUUUGUGCUCAUCUAAAUUUUUUUUUUUCUGUGUGACUAUUUUCUUAAUUUAGUUUUAAAAGUUAAAAAAAAAGUAAACGGAUGUUGCAAA